CGGGAGGGACCAGGGGGCGGGGCGGGGAGGGGCGGGGCGUGUGGGGCCCCUGGAGGCGUUGGGUCCCAGUCCCUGCUGGGAGGUGUAGUUUCCGAUAUCCUGGACCAAUACUCCAUCUGAAUAUGUUCCAGUUCCUCUGACGUUACAGCACCAGGUUAACAGAUAGUGGAGGUUUCCAGCAGAAUUCAGAGAAGAGUGCCAGUGGUUAUUAAAAUUCUGGACUAGAUUUGUUAGGAAAGAUAGAUGGACUAUAAGGCAAUUGCUCAGCAAACUGCCCAAGAAGUUUUUGGUUACAGUCAAGAUACAUCUGGCUGGAAAGUGAUUAAAAAUUCAAAAAAGGUAACUGUUUCCAUCAAGGCUUCUAAAAGAUUUGUCGGAAAUGUAUAUCGUGUUGAAGGGAUAAUUCCAGAAUCAUCAAUUAAACUAUCUGAUUUCCUCUACCAGCCUGGGGAUAGGGUUACAUGGGACAAAUCACUGAAAUCAUACAAUGUGGUACACAAUAUUGAUUCGGGCACAUUUAUAUGCCAUACCAUUACACAAAGCUUUGCCAUGGGCUCAAUUUCCCCCCGAGACUUUGUCGACGUAGUAUACAUCAAGUACUAUGAAGGGAAUGUGGCCAUUAUCAGUUCUAAAAGUGUGGAUUUCCCAGGAUAUCCUCCAUCUUCUGAAUAUAUUCGUGGUUAUAACCAUCCUUGUGGCUAUGUAUGUUCACCUCUGAAAGAAAACCCAGCAUGUUCCAAGUUAGUGAUGUUUGUUCAGACAGAAAUGAAAGGAAAACUGCCUCCAUCAGUAAUUGAAAAAACCAUGCCUUCCAACUUAAUAAACUUUGUCCUCAAUGCAAAAGAUGGACUAAGGACACGUAAAGCUCCAGCAGAAAGUGGAAAUCAUAACGGCCAUUCAUCAUCCCCCAAAAAGAAAUAAGGUCAUUCUGCUGUUAAAUCAUAAAGACCAUAUAAACUGCUAGUUAAAAUGUUUGUUUUCUAGCCACCUUCAGGAGACAGAGAAUGUAAUGAAAAUUAGUAAGCGGGUUAAAAUUAGUAAGAAGAACACAGUGUUGGGAGCUGGAAAAUGUGUGUGAACACUGAAGUUGAGAAAUAAAGAUAAUCACUGCUUUGUGUUCCCCAA